UACACCAGUUAAUUUUUUUUAUUUAAUCUUAAAACGCUUCAGUGUAAAUUACAGUUAUAACCUUUUAUGUUUUUUUCCUUCAUAAUCCCUAAGAAAGAAGCUCUCGCCGCCGCGUCUUUACGCCGCCGCCAUCGUACCAUCGCACCGCCGCUCAAGAAGCUCGUUUCGUCUCCCUUACGAUGAGUAUCUCACAGUUUCCUCCGCCUGCUUCUCCAUCUCCAGCUUCUUCUUCUUCUUCUUCGCGAUUGCUACCUUCUUCAUCUCCAUCUCCGGCGAGCUUAUCAUCGUCGAUGAGGCUGUGGAGACCAGCUGCUCAGCGGAAUCUAAGGAACCAGUGGUCAAAGCUGCAAACUUGUCGGCAAAAAUGGGUCUCUGCUUGCUCCGCUGGAAAAUCUCAGGCUACUUCGCUCGUUAAUUCAUAUCUCUCCCAAACGUUUGUGCCAACGAUGAAGUUUGGUGUGUUGAGUGACAUGGUUGGUAUCAAGGAGAAGACUUUGAAGAAACUGUCUAAACAACAGAGUUUGUAUCGGAUCAAGCUUCUAUCUUCGUACAAGGAAAUGGUAGAUGUUGUUGUGGAGAUGGUGAAUGUAAGUAGAUCUCUGAGGUGUUAUAUGAAGCCGAGUAACGGGUCAAUUAUACAGUUCUCUGGCUCUAAGGAAGAUUCUGAUGAUGCUGGAGAUUGUGGUGGUAUCCCUGUGUUUAACUUUUUGAAUAUCUCUGCAUUUGAGAAGAUGGCUGAGGAGCUUGUGGAGAUGUUCAAACGCGAAGUGAUGAUAAAGAGAUUACUCGUAAUGGAACUGGUCUCUUUAAGCUGUGAAGUUCCUCAACCGGUGAAGCUUAGUUGGUCAGCUGAGCUUUACCAUGGGGAGUUUGAUGAUCUCUCCAAAUGUUCUUUAUAUUCCAUGGAAGUAUGUGAGCCAAUUCUCCCAACACUGAGAGAAGAUAAUCUCGGCAUCUCUUCUGUAUCGCAUACCAACCAACCUACCUCGGAAAUUUUGAAGAUUUACUUGACAACAUGGCUUGCAGAGGUGAACAUUGACACUCAUAGGAUGGAUGAGAUAUUAGCAAUGGUUGGGGAAGAAAUUAGACUCACCUUCUAAAGUUUCAAAGCGAUUCCUUAGUGCGUCGUCUGGUUAAGUUGCUGUGACUUUAACCGUGGCUGCUUCUACAAAGCAUUAGGUGACCUGAGAGAGAUUUUUAGAAUCUUAGCUUAGUCAAAACAUAACUAUUGAUUAGGCUUAUUGCUAUGCCUUGUUUACUGUAAACCAAAGGCUGUUUUACCUUAAGAGAUUUUAUGUUAUGAGCAACUCUUCUUCUUUACUAAGUAUACAAAUGGGAUUUUGAC